GCACAGGCGCCGCUUGCUGCGGCCGUGGUGCUCCAUGACCUUCCACAGUGUGGGGGGCUCAAUAGAGUGCACCUCGCAGAGUACCUCCACAUCAUGGACUCGGGCAAGAGGCGCUUGCCCUGGACGCGCCCUGGCGUCCUCUCGCCGGCAUUCCUAGAGGUAGGCACCAACGCGCGCGCGGUGCUGGAGCUCACGGGCUGCGCCGCCGAGUCGGACGAGGCGGGCCUGCAGCAGCUGCAGGAUGCGGUGGCCCGGCUGUGCCCGGCGAGCGUGGUCUACAAGGGCCCGGAUGGGGAAGUCCGGUUCCCGCUGAGGUCCAGGAUCCAGUGGUGCGCAGUCCAGGCCAAGGCACGUGCCUUUCUCAAGGUGCUCCAAACGUGGGUGCGUGGGGCGGCCGGGAUCCACGCCCGGGCCUCCAGGCCGUUGAGCGCGGCCCUCGCCUACGGUCUAGGCAAGAGGCCCAGGGCGCCGAAGAGGGGCCGCGCUGAGCAGGAGGCAGACGCAGUCUAG